AUGUUAGGUUUGGUGAAUUUACCCAGUGAAUCCGUUGAUUUCUAUGCGCAACCGAAGAGUAAUCAUAGCAAUUUUGCAUUUCUCGGGCAGGGCAGGAACAAAUCGACGGUUUCUUAUACCGAUGAUGGGCGUCGAAUCAUUAAUGGAAAAGUAGUGGAUGGAAAAGAACCGCACGAGAUGUGGUGUAAUUUGCUAAUUAAUUUAUUCAUAAAAAGUAUUGCGAGACGUUCUGAUGAAAGCAUCGGAAUAAUGUACGAACGACGUGUAAAUGAUUCACCAGAGACUGUAUCUGUAAAUGAUACUGUGAUGAAACCGAUUCUUCCAGAGGAUAUGCUGAAUCCGAAAUCGACAAUGUUAACAGCAAUGUGUAAUCCUAAUUCAAAGAAUGGCAUGCUUGUUAACAGAAUGAUCAGAUGCAAUGCAAAUAAUGAAGACGACUGA